AUGAUCCCGCUCUGGCCCUCUCCGUGUGCUCGUUUACAGAACACGCCGAGUGCCAACAGCAUGGAGAAGCAAGUUGAGGUUCGAAUGAAUGAUUGUCACCUAGACGCCACAGUUCCCUCACCGGAACCAGCAUGUGGAGGAUUCUGUAACAAGAUCAUGAAGAACCUGCUGCUGACACUUACAAUUCUUGGUGUAAUCGCUGGCACGGUAGCCGGCAUUCUUCUACGUUACGCCUCUCCGCUUCCCCCUGACGUGAUCAUGAUCAUCUCUUUUCCCGGUGACAUUCUCAUGAGAAUGCUGAAAAUGGUGAUUUUGCCUUUGAUCAUUUCCAGUUUAAUCACAGGUCUGGCGGGCUUGGACGCCAAAUCCAGCGGGCGGCUGGGCACCAGGGCCAUGGUGUAUUACAUGUCUACUACCGUCAUUGCGGCAAUACUGGGGGUCAUCCUGGUGCUCGCCAUCCACCCAGGUAACCCCAAACUCAAAGCCAACCUGGGAGAGGGCAAGAAGAAUGAUGAAGUGUCCAGCUUAGAUGCUUUCUUUGACCUGAUCAGGAAUCUGUUUCCAGAGAAUCUGGUGCAGGCUUGUUUCCAGCAGAUCCAAACAGUUACGAGUAAGAUCGAGGUCGCUCCCCCUCCUCAUCCCAACAGGUUUGGCCGGAAUUCAACCAAAGGGGCAGCAAAAUACGUCAUCAAGAAAUCUCUUCAGUUCAAGAGUGGCAUGAAUGUGUUAGGGCUUAUUGGUUUCUUUGUGGCAUUUGGACUCUGCAUGGGAAAGAUGGGUGAGAAAGCCAGACUGAUGAUGGAUUUCUUCAACGUCCUCAACGAAAUCGUCAUGAAGAUCGUCGGCACAAUUAUGUGGUACUCGCCUGUGGGUAUUGCAUGUCUGAUCUGCGGCAAGAUCAUCUCCAUUAACGAUCUGGAGGUGGUGGCCAAGCAGUUGGGAAUGUACAUGGUGACCGUGGUCGUGGGCCUCAUCAUCCACGGUGGAAUCUUCCUCCCACUCAUAUAUUUCAUCAUCGUUCGGAAAAACCCGUUCACUUUCUUUAUGGGGAUGUUUCAGGCUUGGGUCACUGCGUUAGGAACAGCGUCAAGUGCUGGUACGCUGCCCGUGACUUUCCGUUGUUUGGAGGAGAACCUGGGCAUCGAUAAACGAGUCACAAGAUUCGUGCUGCCGGUCGGGGCGACGAUAAAUAUGGACGGCACGGCGCUCUAUGAGGCAGUCGCGGCCAUCUUUAUUGCACAGAUGAACGGAAUAAAGCUGGAUCUGGGUCAGAUUGCUACAGUCAGCCUGACAGCCACUCUGGCCAGCGUGGGAGCAGCCAGUAUCCCCAGCGCUGGCCUCGUCACAAUGCUGCUCAUCCUCACCGCUGUGGGUCUGCCCACUCAAGAUAUCAGCUUACUGGUGGCUGUGGACUGGCUACUGGACCGCUUCCGAACUUCAGUCAACGUCAUCGGAGACUCGUACGGCGCGGGCAUCGUGUACUACCUUACCAAAGACGAGCUCGACAUGUACGACGCCCAGCAGCAGAGGUCAGACGACUUCGAGAUGACCAAGACGCAAUCGUUCUAUGAGAAUAACACUAACCACGGUGUAUACGCGUCGUACAACUCCUGUCCACAAGUGCUCAUAGAUGACUGCAAGAGUAGACAAUUUGUCUUCUGCUGCUGGGGACCCUGAUCACAUCUGAGGAGGGGGCAGAGUUGCUGUUUUGCCGUAUUCCUCAGUAGAUACGACGGGUUCGAUGUUCAGGCUUCGUCUGCUGGGCCCGUACCACCUAAACAAAGAAAAUAAA